AUGAGCAGAUCUGCAGGGGAUUUCCAGAGGUUUGCUAGAGCGUUCCAGCAACAGCUGUCCAAGGUGCAGCAGGCGGGUGGCCGUGGCGGUCCAGCUCGCGGUCCGCCCCGUGGAGCCUUUGCCGGGGCUGGUGGAUUGAUUCUAUUGGGAGGAGGAGCUCUAUUUUUGAACUCUGCUCUGUUCAAUGUUGAUGGUGGACAUAGAGCGAUCGUGUACUCGCGAAUCAAUGGUGUCUCGUCGCGUAUCUACAACGAAGGUACCCAUUUCAUAAUCCCGUGGUUGGAAACGCCUGUAGUGUAUGACGUGAGGGCCAAGCCACGUAACGUUGCAUCUCUCACGGGUACCAAGGACCUGCAGAUGGUGAAUAUCACAUGUAGAGUGCUUUCGCGUCCGAAUGUGGAGCAGCUGCCUACGAUAUAUCGUACGUUGGGCCAGGACUACGGCGAGCGAGUGCUUCCUUCGAUCGUGAACGAGGUUUUGAAGGCGGUUGUGGCUCAGUUCAACGCAUCGCAAUUGAUUACUCAAAGAGAGAAGGUGUCACGCUUGAUCCGUGAGAACUUAGUUCGCCGUGCCAGCAACUUUAACAUCCUGCUGGACGACGUCUCGAUCACGUAUAUGACGUUCUCUCCGGAAUUCACGAACGCCGUGGAGGCCAAGCAGAUUGCGCAGCAGGACGCACAGAGGGCCGCCUUCGUUGUCGACAAGGCCAGGCAGGAGAAGCAGGAAAUGGUGGUCAAGGCGCAAGGUGAAGCCAAGUCUGCAGAGCUGAUCGGCGAGGCUAUCAAGAAAUCCAAAGACUACGUCGAGUUGAAGAGACUCGACACCGCCAGAGAGAUCGCCCAGAUCCUGGCCCGCUCGCCCAACAGAGUCAUCCUCGACAACGAAGCGCUGUUGCUCAACACCGUGGUCGAUAACAGAUCAAAGAAAUGA